AUGGCUGAAGUAAAUAAUGAAGAAAUUCGUAAGGCGGCUAUAGAAGGUCGCUCAGCUUCUGUUGUAAAAAUGUCUUUACUUGAAGGCGGUGAUAGACGUUGUUAUAAUCUACCUUCAAAUGAUGAAGUUGCAGUUGUAUUUGUUGGCGAAGAUGGUGCUCCCCUAACUUCCAGGGAAGUUGUUAUUUACCCAAGAGGUCAUCCUUUACAAAUUGUAUCAAGUAUGUCAGCUAACUUGGAUCCUAUGGUUUAUCCGCUAUUUUUUUCAAGAGGUGAUGCUGGUUGGCAUAAUCAAUUGGUGCAUAACCCUGAGUGUGCCACACUGUAUGGUAAACCAGAUCUUUUUAUAACCUUUACUUGCAACCCAAAAUGGUGUGAAAUAACAGAAAAUUUAUAUCUGGGUCAGAAUGCGAAUGAUAGACCUGAUUUGGUUACUCGAGUAUUUAAACUCAAGUUAAAUAACCUCGUCAAUGAUAUAUUUAAACAUGGUGUAUUAGGCAAAGUUGUAACGCAUGUUCAGGAUAUCGAUAAUUUGAUUUGUGCAGAAAUUCCAGAUCCAAUAGUUAAUUGUGAACUUUAUGAUACUAUCAAAACUUGCAUGAUUCACGGCCCAUGUGGGAUACUGAAUUCAAAUUCUCCCUGCAUGAAAGAUGGGGUGUGCAGCAAAAAUUAUCCUAAAGAUUUUAAUGCUAACACAGUAGUUGUUCACAAUGAUUAUCCGCGCUAUAGGCAUCGUGAUAAUGGGUUGGUUAUCAAUAUUAAAGGCAACAAUGUAGAUAACCGUUGGGUGGUACCUUAUAAUCCUUGGUUAUCAAAGAAAUAUCAAGCCCACAUUAAUGUUGAAGCUUGCAUGUCUGUAAAGGCUGUUAAAUAUUUGUACAAAUACAUAUACAAAGGGCAUGAUUGUGCGAAUGUUUUGAUAAAUGAACAGGUUAAUCACGAUGAAAUAAACACUUUCUUAGAUUGUCGUUAUGUUAGUGCACCUGAGGCACUGUGGCGAAUGUUUGAGUAUCCCAUAAGUCAUAUGUCACACACUAUUAUCCGUCUUAAGGUUCAUCUUCCUGAGAAUCAGAUUGUGUAUUUUAGAGAAGGAGAAGAACAAUUGGCGUUAGAUCGUGCUGCUCAUCGUGAUACACACCUUAUGGCCUGGUUUAAAUUGAAUUCUGAAAAUAAAGGAGCCCAUCGCUACUCAUAUGUUGACAUUCCAUAUCACUUUGUAUUUGAUGAUAAACAUUCAAAAAAAGCAACAUCUUGGGAGGAUUUGCGUACUGUUAAUGGAAUAGUUCUUGAAACCUUUCGUGAAGCGUAUGCUUUUAAUGGUUUGUUGCAAGAUGACACUGAAUGGCAGAAUACUCUUUCUGAGGCAGUUUUAACGCAAAUGCCUAAACAAAUCAGGCAGCUGUUUUCAAUUAUUUUAACCUUUUGUGAACCAGAUGACCCUUUGCAUCUUUGGAAUUCAUACAAAGCUUUUAUGAUGGAGGAGUUCAUUCAUCGCCAAGUUCCAUUUAUAUUAGCUAAAUUUGCCUGUUGUUGA